AUGGAGAAAAACUCUUCAAACUCAGAGGCCAAUGAGGGCCAUAUGUCUUCAUCCUCUAUCAAUCUGACGAGCUCCAUGCAAUCAGAUUCAAAUCUCAUGGAUGUAAAUCCUUCUUGCCUGACCGUAUGCAUCGUCCAGAUGAGGGAGUGGUACUCCGCAUGGAGUGGUGAUAAGACUUGCAUCCCCGUGAAAGAUCCUGAGAUGCCGUCCUGUGGACUUACAUCAAGCUUGAAUCCUCCUCCAAAGAAUUUGCCAUUAUGUAUCCAAGAUGCAUCUACCUGCAAAGUCUCUUACUUUCCCCUCACGUUAGUUCCCACUAAGCCUCCAAAGUUUCUUCUUCGUUUAAAGUCAAUUACUAGUCCGACUUGUGAUGAUCAAGAGAGCAAUCGCACGUUCAAGAAAUUGCUUCCUUCCUCAUGGACUGAUCACUUCCUCUCUGUGUCCGUCAAUAUCUCGGAAAUGGAUGCGCUUAGGAAAGAAAUCGAUGCACUGAAGCCAGAAGUGAAGAACAAACUCAUGUCUUCGCAAGGGAUGGAGUCGACAAAGAAGAGAAUCCUUAUGAUAUACUUGUUGGUGACCCUUGGUCUUGAAUAUCACUUCGAGGAAGAGAUCUAUGAGACUCUAAAAGAGGGUUUAGGGAAGGUAGACGAAAUCAUGGAUGGUGAAGAAGAUUUGUACACAGUUUCCACCAUCUUUUGGUUUUUCAGGACAUACGGUCACUACAUAUCUUCCGAUGUCUUUAGAAGAUUCAAAGGGAUCGACGGAAACUUCAAAGAAUUGCUUAAGGGGGAUGCCAAGGGUAUCCUGAGCUUGUACGAGGCAGCGCACUUACGAACAAUGACGGACUAUAUACUGGACGAAGCAUUGAUCUUCACAUCAAGCCAGUUGAAGUCAUUUGCUGAAGAUGGGACUUGCCCGCCAUAUCUCUUGUUGCGUAUACAAAAUGCUCUCACUCUAUCUCAGCGUUGGAACAUGGAGAUGGUAGCCGCAGCGGAAUUCAUCUCAACCUACGAACAAGAAAAAGACCAUGACCAGACGCUACUCAAGUUUGCUAAGCUCAAUUUUAAGCUAGCACAGCUCCACUACCUUCAAGAACUCAAAAUCCUUACAGAAUGGUACAAGGAGAAAGACUUUGCGUCUAAUUUGCCGCCUUACUUCAAAGAUAGACUCGCCGAAAAUGAUUUCUUUAUACUAGCAGUGCUCUUCGAGCCACAAGUCUCACGUGCAAGGAUUAUGUAUACCAAGUUCUACACCAUUUUGGGGUUUGUAGAUGACACCUUCGACAGAUAUGCUUCUCCUCCUGAGGCCUCUAGCCUCCAAAACAGCCUGGAAAGGUGGGCUCCCGAUCAUACCAUGGAUCAACAACCUGAUUAUUUGAAAUUCGUGUUGCAUUUUAUAUUGGAUACUUACGAAGAGUUUGAAAGAGAGCUUAAGCCACAAGGAAAACCUUAUAGUGUGAAAGCCAAUAUAGAAGAGUUAAAAAGAGUUGUGAAAGCCAACUUUGAACUAGCUAAAUGGGCACAUGCGGCUCACGUGCCUAGCUUUGAGGAGUACAUGGAGGUUGGUGAGGUGGAGGUGGCGGUGUAUGCAGCUUUGGCAGCUAUUUGUAUGUGUAUGGGAGAUAUGGCUACGAAGGAAGCUUACGAGUGGCUAAAAUUAAAACCAAAACUCGCUAAGUGUAUAUCUGCCAAAUGUCGUCUUAUGAAUGACAUUUACGGCUACGAGGAUGACAUGAGUAGGGGAUAUGUCCCGAAUGCGGUCAGCUGUUAUAUGAAGCAAUAUGGAGUUACAAAACAAGAAGCAAUUAAGAAACUUCAUGAAAUGGUUGUAGAUGUUGAUAAGGCAAUAAACGAGGAGCUCUUGACGACAAUGGGUGUAUCACGUUUGCUUCUCAAGGCAUCAAUGGGUAUGGCAAAAAUGAUUGCUAUCUGUUACAAUGGAUAUGAAGGAUUCACCCGUCCUGAAGGAAAAACCAAGGAGUACAUAAAUUUGAUGCUUGUUGAACAAAUCCGUCUUUGA